AUGACUUCGAAACACCUACAACUCCUUGACUUGAUACUGUUGCUGCUACUCUUUUGGACCAACAGUGUUGGUGCAGCUCCUACAUCUACCUCGACGGCGACUACGGGUAGCGAAACGGGAGCCAGCGGCCAGAAAUGCUAUGAGGAAGGACGCGAAGUCAAGUGCUCACCACUCAAGGUAGUUCCAGCAGUUAUAAUCUUCACUUUGUUGGGAUCAUGCGCCUGUAGAUUUAUAAUGGAGAGAAGAGGGAUCACUAUACAAGAGCUUGUGGCGAAGGGUAUUGAACGAGGAUACGCUAAUGCCGAGGCUCAUGCCAAUCGCCGUGCAAAUGCCAACGCUCCGGCACCUUCAAAUAUCAACAAUAAUAUUGAUACGAUCCGAAAUAACAAUGCCUAUCCUCUUUUAUAUUCUCCUCCUGGUAUUACUUCCUCCCGCGGUUCAUAUACUCCGCUCAUGGGAGGUGUACCAACAAAUCGCCCUAGAAGUCCCCCUCUCCCUUAUUAA